AUGCGUACUUACGACGACGCCUUCAGCGGCCAGAAGAUCUACCCUGGCAAGGGCAAGCUGUUCGUCCGUGGCGACAGCAAGAUCUUCCGCUUCCAGCGUGGAAAGUCCGAGUCUCUUUUCCUUCAGCGCAAGAACCCCCGCCGCAUCGCAUGGACUGUUCUCUUCCGUCGCCAGCACCGCAAGGGUAUCUCUGAGGAGGUCGCCAAGAAGCGCACCCGCCGUGUUGUCAAGAACCAGCGUGCCAUCGUUGGUGCUUCCCUCGAUGUGAUCAAGGAGCGCCGCUCCCAGCGCCCCGAGGCCCGUGAGGCUGCUCGCAAGCAGGCCAUCAAGGACGCCAAGGAGAAGAAGGCUGCUUCCGCCAGCGCCAAGAAGGCUGAGAAGGCCAAGAUCGCCGCCUCCAAGGGCGGUGCCCAGCGCAUCCAGAGCAAGCAGGGUGCUAAGGGCUCUGCUCCCAAGGUCGCCGCCAAGUCCCGCUAA